AUGGACGAGGUCGCCAACAGCCUGGAGACGAUGCCCCGCCUUCGAAGCCUCAAGCUGCGGAGCAACCGCAUCUCCGGAGAGGGAGCGCGGAAGCUGUUCGCGGGCUUCAAGCACACCCCCGACCUGCAGUACCUCGACCUGGACUGGAACAGCCUGGGCAACGAGGGAGCCUUCUACCUCCGCGGGGGCCUCGAGCUCGUGCCCGGCCUGAGGUCGCUCAAGAUGCGCUGCAACGAGGUGGACGGGAAGGGAGCCGCCAUCCUCUUCGCGGGGCUGCGGGAGAUGCCGAGCCUGCGGGACCUGGACAUGGUGAGAGGAGAGGAGGUGGGCGAGAGGGUCGGGCGGGGACUGAAGGGCCUCCGUGUGCGCGAGCAGAGAAACAACGACCUCGGGGAGGAGGGCGCGGCGUUCCUUGAGCACUGGCUAGAGCACAGCCGUCACUGCCAGAUCCGCAUGCUGGACCUGGUGGGGAACGGGAUCUCGGAAGAGUCGGGGAGGAGCCUUGCGAGGAAGCUUCAGCGAACAUGCAGGGAGGCGUGGGCAGCGGGAGGGUCAGGGCCGAUGAGAAGAGCAGGAAAGCCAAAGCGAUAUCUUCAAAGCGGAAUGGUUCUCGACAACGAUCCGAUAUACUGUGCUGAACAGAUCAAUAUUCCUGAGAAUCUCGGCGAAAUCUUGAAAGCUUACGCGAAAGAGGUUAUCCGCUCAAACCCUAGCAACAUCUACGAGUUUUCAGCCAAGUACUUUGCUCAGCUCGAUCAAAAUGCAGAGGAGGAGGAAAUAAUGGGAGAAGAAGUCAGCAAGGACGCGAUCUACCGGUUGGUCCUUGCUUGCAAGGAUGACGGCAGUCCCGAGGAGGAAAGAGAUAUCAACGCGUUGAUAGAAAUGGCAGAGCAGAGCGACAUUCCAAGGGCUGCCAUAUCGCAGGCUCUGGAUUUGGUCUCGCAGGAGGGGAGCAACAGAGUAAGCUGGAAGCAUCUUGUGGUCACCCUGUGCUCGCAAGUGGGCGGUGUAGAAGACGUCACUCAGUUCGUGGGUUUGUUGAUGGACCCAGGGAUGUUCGGGGACGAUGACGGAAAGAUUCAAAUCUCCGAGUUCAUCACCCUGUUUGACUGGUGGUCGACAAUAGACGAGAGCAUCUCUGCCGAGCUCAAGUCGGCCUUGUUCGCUGCUCUUGACAAUGGAGAACCGACGAUGGACUUUGCAAAGUUCAAAGAUGCUUACAAAUCCAUUCAGUGA